AUGCCCCGCCCUAAAAGCGCGUUGGAUAUUGCGGCACGCCCUAAUUCUCCCCGCGCCCAGCCCAGCACUGGCCCACCAGAUAACACCUCGCCACACUGGAAACAGAGUUCUAAAAACAGAUACUUGCAAAAGGAUGCUGUGAUGCAUGCCGUCGUGCCAUCAUCCGGGGAGCAGCGGGCCACCAUUGCGCUACGCCCUGCGGAAUUGCGCGAUCCGGGCCCAGGUGUCUGGGCAACGGCAAACAAUAUGUGCGGUUCCAUGGUGGUUGGGCCCGCGAGCGGCCCGAAUUUUAAGCAGGACACAGCUGCUUGGCGCGGUAUGGCCCACAUUUCGUCAGUGUCUUUCGUGUCGCUCUCCAGGCCCCGCGACAUUGAAAAAGAGAAUGGCGGAAACAGAGGCCCAGGUGGAGAAUUGUUAGCACAUGAUAAAUGGGGCAAGGGCGAGUGUGGAAACGAAAGGCUCCCAGACGCAUGGGUGUUUUGGUCGUGGUCUAUUUUUUUUUUCAGCACAGUCCACAUCCUACAAAUUGGCGUCUCAUUAUCGUGGGGGCAGGGCCACGGUGCUGGGAAGUUAUGGUGGCCCAAACCUAAAUCGCGUGCGUCGUCAGUCGGGUGGAAAUCACUGAUACGCCCAGUCCAGAAUUUGAUUUCGCCCGCCGUUGCCAGCCACUACAUAUUGUAG